UUGUGUGUAGAGUGUGUAGAGACUACACAAAAAUAGCAUUUUUAGAUAGUUUUGAAUGAAGUGUGCUUUUGUUUGAUAUGUGAUAUGUGUGACGUUUUGCAUGUUGUCUGCGUGUUUUCAUAUUUAGUCAUAUUUUCCAUAGUUUCACAUUUAUCAUUUAUUAUUAGCAUUUUAAUUAAUUUAUAAUUAUAAUUUAUUAUUUAAUAUAUAGUUGUUUAUUACCAAAUUUCCGUCAGGAGCCAUUGGCGACUUGCAUCAUUGCCAAUCAGUGUUAAUGAUGAGGAUUUGCUACUGAACCAGUCCCACCAUCCAUAAACAUGUUUUUCACAAAGCCAGUAACUAUGUUAAUAUGUUAGCAUGUUAUCUGGUCCAUAAAAUUCAGCAAUAUUCAAAUAUUUCUAUAAGUGAACCGUUCAGAGGACACAUUUCCAUAUUGGUUUAAUCUUCAGAAUGCUUGGCUUCGAUUGGCUCCUGAAGCUCCCGGUGGUGUUGUUUCGUGAGAGUGAAGGUGUUGUCAGUGUCUUCAUCUUAAAAUGAGCUGUCAGUCCCACAACCAACUUCACACUACAGCUGAAGACUCCUGAGGACCAUAUACAGAUCACAGAAACAUAGGACAGCGCUUGGUCUGAGCCCACAAAGAAGACAAUGGCAAUCACAGAGCUGUUCAGAUACAUCAACUCCUCUCUGCUCAUCAGCCACCGAUCGCUGAACGCCUCGCCAGCCGAGCAGACGGUCUACGGCGGCUGCGCACACAUGCCUGCCGUCCUCAUCUUCUACCUGGUGCUGCAGUUCAUCAACAUGUUCCUGGGCAUCCCGGCCAACAUCAUGGUUCUUUGGCUUAUCCAUAAGAAUAAGUGCGACGACUCCACCUCAGACAUCUUCAUCGUCCAUCUGGCUGUGCUGGACACUUUCUUCUGCCUCGUUCCUCCACUGGAACUGGCCAACAUCGUCUAUCUGACCACUAGCAGCACCUGGUACGUCCUGCGCUUCUUCUACGGUGUCAAAGACUUGUCGCUACUGUUCCUGUCCUGCAUCUGUCUGGACAGAUACAUGGCCGUCUGCCAUCCCAUCACCUUCACCAAACUCAAAGACAAGCGCCAUCGCUCUGUGUGUGCCGGAGUCGUGUGGUUUAUCACUUUGGUUUAUGCCAUAGCAAAGUGUGUAGGAAACAUCCCUAAAUUUGAGAAAGUUUUCACCGUCAUGAUUCUGGCAGCAUUUACGUUCAUGCUGUUCUGUAACAUCUCUAUUCUCUGGGCCCUAAGACAAUCUGCUCCAGGUCGAGAUGAGAGGCAUCCCGUCAAGAAAAAGGCCUUCAAAAUGGUUAUCAUCAUCUUGGCCAUCAUUGUGUUUAACUACUUCCCGCCGGUGGCUCUAUUUCCUUUUCAAGAGUAUUUCUCUCCGGUGGUCUUCCGCUGUUAUAUCCACUACAUCGCUUUUGGCUUCAUGGACAUCAGCAGCAGUAUCCAGCCAGUUCUGUAUCUGUCGCGGGAGAAGCUGCCCAAAGUCCCGCUGUGCUGCUCAAAAAACACCGAAUGUGCAGAUGAUCCUGUGUUCACCGUCAACCAGUGAGCUGCUGUUAUUGGAGUAUUUCAUUGAUCAGACAUAUGCACUGAACUACUGUAUGUCCAUAAUAAUGUAGGGCGGUGCAUUCUGUG